GCACAUUUGAUCAUAGUCACAAUGAGUGAAAAGACUCGUCUGAAGUGCACGGUUUACGUCGGAGGCCUCGACCAAGCUGUGUCCGUACAGACCCUUGCCGAGGCGUUUGUACCCUUUGGAGAGGUCGUCGAUAUUACACUUCCGAAACCCGACUUGCCCAACUCUAAUGACAAUCACCGAGGGUUUGGAUAUGUGGAAUUUGAUUCACCGGAAGAUGCGAAAGAAGCGAUCGACAACAUGGACGGGAGCGAGCUGUACGGACGUACGAUAAAAGUUGCCCCAGCCAAACCGCAAAAGGAUGCCAAUGAAGGCCUUGGAAGCAAGACAGCGAUCUGGGAACAGGAGGGCUAUCUGUCUAAAUAUGCCGUGAGUGAAGAAGAUAAGCUGGCGGCCGAGGAGUCAAAAAUGGAAGAUAGCGGUCCCUCAGAAGACCCAAUACGACGGCUGGAAGAGCUAGACGUUGCAGGACCAAAGCCUGAAUGA